CCCUCAACAGCCUUAAAACAAAAAGAAUUUUGUCAAUGUGCAACAUCAUUGAAUGAAGAUCGCAGUAAUUUCUGUGUGAACUUUGCUAUUUGAAAAGUAUUAUUCAAAAAGAGUUUUCUGGGUAUUAAGUCGGCAACCCUCUACGUCGAUAAAAUUUUCACGAAAAAAAUCCUGAGAGUUGUGUUGCUUCUUAAACCACUAUGGAUUCCACAAGCAGUCUGCCUAGUGAGCCACCACAGAAUCCCGAUGCAAAGAGGACUCCGUCACUUGAGGAAAGUGACUCAGAUGAGGAAUUCUUCGAUGCUGUAGUUGUUGCCGAUGAUGAUGAAGAUGACGAUGACAACACUGCCACUAGUGAAGAAACAGAGGACAAGGCAAAGACAAGACAGCACCAACGUAGCGAGGAAAGUGUGUCAAGAGAUGUUGAUGACUUGAUCCAGUCUAAAUUGUUAGGGUCUACAGAAGACAGAACAGCAGAUGACGCUGAAGAGGAUGCCAAAAGAAAUAGUGAAAACUCAAGCGAUGGCAGCUCUCAAGAGAGCGAUUCGGAAGAUGAGCAGUUUUUCAGACCGGUAGAACAUGACAAAUUACAUGUACAUAGAAACAGGAUAAUGGAGAACACUGGGCCGUACGGUGAUGCCGCAAAUCACGAAGGGCUGAGAGCAGAGCAAGAGGAAGGGGAAGAAACGGGGGCGGGGCAAGAUCAGCUCGAUGGAGGGGCGACUGGCGAUGAGGAAGCCGUUCGAGAAUUGGAAGAGCAGAUGACAGACGAGGAGAAACAGGCAAAAAGAGAAGAAGCACAGACUCACAAGACAAGAGGCAAUGAAUUAUUCAAAUCUGGAGAGUUUGCAGAUGCAGUGCAUGCAUACAGCCAGGCGCUUCAGCAUUGCCCGCUCUGCUAUAAGAAAGACAGGUCCAUCAUGUUAGCCAACAGAGCAGCUUGCAAAGUCAGACAGGAAGAUCUGGAAGGUGCCAUCACGGACUGCACAAAAGCGUUGGAGUUGAACCCACUGUAUCUGAAGGUUGUACUGCGUCGGGCCCAGGCCUACGAGCUGACCGACAAACUGGAGGACUCGCUGAAGGACUAUCAGAGAGCGCUGGAGCUAGACCCUGGCUGCUACGAAGCUAGAGCCGCCUGCAUGCGACUUCCUGAUCAGAUCAAGGAGCGAAAUGAAAAACUCAAAGAAGAAAUGAUGUCCAAGCUGAAGGACCUGGGAAACCUUUGCCUGCGUCCGUUCGGUCUGUCGACGAACAACUUCCAGUUCAACCAGGACCCAGCCACAGGCUCCUAUUCCGUCAACUUCAACCAGAAUCCGGGAGGGAACAACGGGAAGUAAUGCUAGUAAAAAUGUAGGAAACGUGCCAAAAGGUUCAACUUCCAGCGCAAUAUUCAGGCGGAAACAAUGGGAAAAAUUCAGAAAUUCAGAAAAAUUCAACAUUCAGAAAAAUUCUACGACACUGUGCCUAGAUUAGUAGACUGACGCCUUCCAGCUGCACCAGGUUUGUGCCACAUGCCCAACUUCUAUUGACGUUCAGAGUUGAAUUUUGGAAUGUAGUAAUAUGUAAAACUUAAGAAAUCUGUACCGGACAAGGAGACUAACAACUUCCAUCAACUUCACACAAAAGAAACCUUCCAGAAAAAAAACCCCGAAGCUGUGCCCUUGACCUACAGACUGACACCUUCCAACAACACUGUGACCCACUCGCAUGCCCAUAUUUCAUUGACUUGCAGUAGCCAACCUUGGAAAGUUUAUUCCAGAAAACCUUGCAAAUCUGUACCUGGACCAGUAGCCA